GUGCUUUCUGGGGACAAGUCAGUUAUUUUACAUCGCUCGACGAUUUUUCACCUCAGGAAUUGUGCUAAAGGAAAAGAUAGGAAGAGGUCCAAGAUGGGUUUUCUCUUGCCUUUUAUACUCACAUCAGCUAUAUUAGUGAUAUUGGCGUCAAUUAAGGAAAUCCGAAAAUAUCUCCGUGCGUGGUGGAAAUUGCGGAAAUUACCCAGAAUCAAAGGAUAUCCAUUCUUUGGAAAUGCACUCUCAUUUAUUGGACGUGAUCAAGAAGAUUACCUAAGCAUUCUAAUGAACAUUGUGAAGGAUGUGAAAGAACCAACGAGAAUAUACUUAGGACCUCAACUCUUUGUUGUGAUUUCAACGCCCGAUGAUGUGAAAACCCUCACAAUGAGCACAGGUUGCCUCAACAAAUUGGAUGUCUAUCGAUUUUUCCAUUGUCCAACGGGACUUGCUACAUCACCAGGUCCCAUCUGGAAAACUCAUCGGAAACUGUUAACGCCAUCAUUUAACACACAGACGAUUCAGACAUUCCUACCAAUUUUCAAUGACAAGGCUAAGAUACUGCUCUCUAAUCUCAAUAAACACGUGGAAGUAAGCGAUCGCGACUUCCUUAAAUACAUUUACUAUUGCACACUUGAGAUGAUUUGUGAGACAACUCUUGGAUACAACAUCGACGUGCAGAACGGAAAGAAUCUUGAUUAUUUUAAUGCAGUUGACACACUGGUCAAAAUUAUUGGCAAAAGAUUCUUCCAAGUUUGGUACUAUUUAGAUUGGAUCUACAUGAGAUCCAAACAGUAUAUGGAAGAGUGCAAAUAUUUCAAUGUGGCCUACAAACUCUCAAAUGGCGUAAUUGAAGACAAAAAGCAAGAAUACCUCACAGAAAUGUCCAAUGAUAGCUAUGGAAAACCUCAAAUCUUGAUUAAUCGACUUAUUAAGUUAUUUCUCGAUGGGGAUUUUACCCAGGACAAUGUUAAAGAUGAAGUGGAUACAAUGAUUGCUGCUGGUCACGAUACUUCUGCCCUUACACUAUCAUUCACCCUCUUGAUGCUGGCUAUACAUCAGGAUAUCCAGGAGAAAGUACUACAGGAAAUUCUAAACGUUAAUCCCAUCCCAGACGCCGAAAUGACAUUUGAAGAUGCAGGAAAACUCUCCUACUUGGAGAUGGUGAUAAAGGAAACAAUGAGAUUAUUCCCUAUUCUACCCAUUAGUGGACGGAUUAGUACAGAAGAUAUUAAGUUUUCAAAUGGUGUGGUUCCUGAAGGAACAAAUUUGCUUCUGUUGAGUUAUCGACUGCAUCGCAGUGAAAAAUUCUGGGGACCAAAAGCCAAUGAAUUCUAUCCAGAACAUUUCCUUCCUGAAAAUGUAGCCCAGAGACAUCCUUACAGCUAUGUGCCAUUUGGCGGAGGACUUCGGAAUUGCAUUGGCAACAAAUACGCUAUGCUUUCAAUGAAAACCAUCAUUUCAGUUUUUCUCAAAAAUUUCCGAGUAACCGCAGACGGAGUAACGAUGGCAGAUGUUAAACCUAGUAUGAUCACAACAAUGCAAGUGAAACAAACGAAAAGCAUGAGGAUCACGCGAAGAAAAUUGUCUGGAAGUAUUUAAAAUACCUGUUUCAAAUUAUUUUCUAGCGAAGUAUAGAAAACCGGAAAAUGUUGAAAAAAGAAAACUAGCACAGAACAGAAAAAAAUGGUUACAAUUUUUUUUUCAUGUGAAAUGUUUGUAAUAAAAAAGCAUUAUUGUGGUACAUUCUCA